AUGGACGAGUCUGACGUGUCAUGGGAGGAGUUUUUCGCCACGUCACCACCUCUCGCAGAAGCUGACGUCAUCAAGGAGCAGCUUUCGGCCUUCAUCGUACGCCACGUCAUCAUCAGCAUCACGAACAUUAUGAGCGGCCUUCCCCAUGCGGCCUGCCAUGUCCAUGCGGCCAUCAUGCUGCCCCUGAUGAUGAAUGGCGACGCCCCCACUCCUGUUACCGCUCCCAUCGUGCUUCUCUUCGCCCCCAGCAUGACCGAGCACCACUCACUGGCCCCAGUCUCCAUGCACCCGCGCCCCUCCACACUCCACAGCCCCCAUCCUCCCUUUUCUGUCCCUCCCUCCCUUUUGAGGCGCCCCAAAAGUCGCCUGCCCCGCUCGCUCGUUCUCCCGUCUUCCCCGCUCUGCACGCCCACGUUUCAGUUUCAGUGCCUCCACGCCACGCUCGUCCCUGCUGCCCAUCCCUCCUCCCUCACCGCUCCUUCAGUGCUGCUGCCGUGUCAUGCACGGCAUAGGCGGGACCCCGGUGCUGCUGCACCCAUUCACCCUCCCUUCCCCCUCCAAGCGUCGCAGCAGCGUGGUGGUGCAUCCCUAGUCGUGUGUGUGACGUCAGGCGGCACAACACUGCCGUUAAAGCGCCGCUGUGUGCACUUCAUUGACAGCUUCACACCCCCCCUCCUCUCUUCUUUCCUUCCCUCCCCUCACCUUCCUUGCAGCAAGCAUCGCAGCAGCCUGGGGGCGCCCCACUGGCACUUCCUCGCCCAGGGUUACUCCGUGAUCUUCCUGCACAGGCGGGGCUCCAUGCGUCCCUUCUGCCGCGGCCUGCCCGAGUCUCCUCUCCUCACGUGCCUGCGAGCCACGCCCGCUGCUGACACCCCCCGGGGUGAGGGCGAGGGUAGUGCUGCCCAGUGCGUGCAGCAGGAGGGGCAAGGCGAGGGCAGUGGGCGUGGGGAGGAGGGAGUGAGCGGAGAACAGGGAGGCAGUGGGGAGAAGAGUGCCAGUGCGGCACAGAGCAGUGGCAGCGGUUCCGGGCGAAUGUACCUUGAAGCCAUUCCGCCCUACACAGAUGCUGUGCAUCGAGCCGUUCUCAUGUUCAAUCAGGCUCAGGAGGGAGGGCGGCUACUGCUGCUGCCAUUCACCACGCUCUUCCAGUACCUGCAGUUGCUUCGCCUUGUGGCAGAAGCCUUGAACCCCAUUGGUCCACGUGGCAUGGUCUACCUGGCAGCAGCAGUGUCUGACUUCUUUGUGCCCUGGCCCUCCAUGGUGGAGCACAAGAUCCAGUCAGGGGCGGGGCCGCUGGACAUCCACUUGGCGCGAGUGCCCAAGAUGAUUCCCCUCCUGCGCUCCCUCUGGUGCCCCUCCGCCCUCCUCGUCUCCUUCAAGUUGGGGAUGAGCAGCAGCACAUUGCACCGUAAAGAACCCCACUUCCUCUCCCCCAACCCCUCCCCUUUCUCCCCCCCGCCAGCUGGAGACGGACAGCAGCAUUCUGCUCAGCAAGGCGGACAGCAUCUUACCCCCCCCGCCCCCCUUUCUCCCCCCCAAUCCCCUCCUCCCCCCUGCCAGCUGGAGACGGACAGCAGCAUUCUGCUCAGCAAGGCGCGCUCAGCCCUGCAGAAGAACCAGGUGCAUGCGGUGGUGGCCAAUGAGCUGCUGACACGUGGCAGCAAGGUGGUGCUGGUGACGGAAGAGGGGGAGGAGGUGAUAGAACGGGGCGGGGGGGGGGUUGAGGGGAAGGGGGCAGUUGGAGACGUGGAGGAGCCACUGGUGAAGCUGCUGGCAGCCAUGCACCACAAGCACUGCCAGCGGGAUCGAUAG